ACAGAGACGAGGCGAGAGAGCGUUGGGAAUCGCGCGGGGGACGAGGAAGUGGUUACGGACAGCGAGCGGUGCGACGGCAGUAGUAACGGGUAGUAGUCCAGACCCCAGUAGUAACGGUUCGCUACUCGCGCGGCGCCUUUCAGCUCCGCUCUGCUUGGCUCCGCUACGGCCGCGACGACGAUCAAUCGAGCCGACGGGAGGGUGCGACGCACUCGUAUAUACUCCGGAUUUCCUCCUCUAAGGAAAAAACCCUCGUCUCUCGGAGUCCGGAGGUGUCUCGAUCGGUUGUGAGUCGAGGAGCGAACCCGAAUCGUGAAUACUUCAGCCUCUAAAAGAUCGACCCCGCAAAGUCUUGGAUUUCGCGCAAAUCGCGAGAGAGAGAGAGAGAGAGAGAGACUUGGGUCGACGAGGGACGGGGAUACCCUAUUGCCGGAUUCGCGGGAUUGGUCCUUGCCGGUGGGGUAGCGAAACGCGAGAGUGCCGUCGUGUGUCACCCUCUCCCGCUCGACUAUGUGCCGGCGUUUCGCGAUCAGGACGCCGGGAUCAUCACCGUCGGUGAUCAACGUCGUCGCGACGACGGAGCGCAAGACGUGAGACCCGUCGUUUAUACGCGUCAGCUGAUCCGACGUAAACCGCGAGGGACAAAGGAGAUCCACAAUGGCUCUAGUAAUGUUACCGUGUGACCUGCCUUGGUGGCCAGCUGUUGUAAAGCAAUUGGACAAGGCCGCCUCGGCUAAAAACUCAGAGGACCUAGUAGACGCGAUGCAACGAUUGCAUGAUAUGUGCAAUAUAAGCCUCGAUCCCGAAGAAGACGUGCAAGACGCCGACCUAUUCUCCAUGUUAGGAACCUUCCUAGACAAUGAUCUCGAUCUCGCGGAACGGGAGCAAGUAUUCACGAAGACAAUACCACGAAUAGUGGAACAGGCGAAGGCCUUAAAAUCUACAAAACCCCCUCAAGGCUUACACUUUAGUCUCCAGCAGCAAGGCGACAGCGUCGAGUACAGUUACGCCUUCGUCUCCUCCUUGAUCGCGAACGCAUUCUUCUCAACAUAUCCGAAGAGAACAGCGAAGACUCACCCUACAUUGCGCGAUUUUAACUUUACAAAUUUCUUCAGACACCUCCACAAAAACGCACAAAAAGCCAAACUCAAAAGUAUUUUUCAUUAUUAUAAUUAUCUCGAGACGGAGCAAGCACUCGAUGGUCGUCUAAUAAUUUCUAGACAGGUAAUGACGUCUAAGCAAUGGCUGACUAUCGAAGAUUGGUUGGAAAGUAACGUACCUUUAUGCCCGCUGACGAUACGUCACGAGGGACGAUUGGAACGAGUUGAGGCGGAAUCAAAAGUACUGCAAGUUUGCUUCGUGAAUGCUAAAAUUGGCGGCGGCGUGCUGGAUGGCGAUGUCACGCAGGAGACUGUACAUAUAGCGACACAUCCGGAAAUGCUCGCUGCGAUAAUAUCCGUCGAGGCCUUAGAAGACAACGAAGUACUAAUAAUCGAGGGUGUCAGGCAUAUGUCGAGGAUAAACGAUCCGCGGCAUAAGGCGAUAUUUGAGGGUAUCUCGAAGCCGAACGUGGUAACGGUCUGCUGCAUAGAUCCCGAGGACUACUCGCGAUUGCCGUUGACGCAGUACGAGGAGGACAACAUCUUGAGGGAGAUGAACAAGUCGCUGCUGGGAUUUCGUCAGAGACACAUGCCCAGCAGCCCCACGGAUCCGAUCAAGAGUGAACUGGAAGCGGAAAUCGGCUUGGGCUCCCGCAGAUUAUCGCCGAUCGGCGAGAGCUUCAGCAGCACGCCGCCGGAAAUGGAAGGCGAGGACAAAGUUUUCACAACGAGCAAUAAUUCCAAGACAGAUAAGCAGGUUCUCCGCGACGAGCGACACAGAUUGGAGAACGCGACGGAAGUGCGUAGUAAGCCUAAUGGUAAAUCAAUGAGACCGCCUAGUCCGCACAAGGUGUGCAAGGACGCAAGUUACACGAACCGAAAGAACAGAUUCAUCGUGCUUGGAUCUAGCGGUGAGGUACUGCCGGUGACGCGACAACUCGGCCAGAUGUCGGUUUAUAGCAGUUGCAACAGUCAGAGCACGGAUAGUUUUCACAGCGCUAAGGAGACCAUCGACGAGGAACCUGAGGAAGAGGAACAGAAGGUGACCAAACGCUACAGCGCGCAAUUAGAUACCCCCGAAAAAAGAGGAACCUUCGCGCAGCGAUUGAAAGAUGCUCUUAAGCGAGAGAGUACAGCGACGGUGGUGACUUCCUCGAACACUUCUUCCGGCGAGAGCAGUUAUGCCGUUGGUAUAAGCGUCAGCGGUAGCCACGUCGGCGAUCAAGACAUCAAAUUGAGAAGAGGAGGUUCGAGGGGUUUCGUUUUGCGGGAUGAGACGGUGGACGAAGAGUUCCUGAAGGAGUCUCUGGAAGCUGAGCAAAAGUGGCUUGGCCGAUUCCGACAGAGUCAGGGGCCUAUGUUUCAGAGGAAGGACACGAGUGCGAGCAGCAAGUACAGUUUCAGCACAGAGUACAAUUCUGAUUUUUGUUCCGAGCUGGAGGAGGUCUACGAGCAAUUGUCAAAGUGGCUGGAGGAUCCGAUAGUAGCGGACGAAAACCGGGAAUUAGAUGCGAGAGAUCGGGCGGUUGUACGGUUCGCCGGUUCACUUCUGAAACGCGCUCUGAGCGAAUCGUUUGCCGGCGUGCCGGUCCAGGAAGGCGAGCCACAGCCGUUUAUCGACGCCGACGUAAAUCAGCAGCACAAACUGGCCUUAGCUGUGAGGAGCCUCAGCUUGGAGCUCGCUCGACAGAAAAAUCGGAGACAGCAAUCAGUGUCUGAGUUCGAAGACGUAGAUCGCUACGAGGACGCCUCGUGCGAGAUGGAAAGAGAGGCGAGGGACGCCCAACGUAGGAAACUUUGGGCUGUCACGUUCACGUCGGAAGUGUUCCAAACGUUGGUCGAUGAUCAUACGACCGUACGCCUGUCUACAUCGCCCGUGUCCGAGUCGGAACAGACGGCGAACGAGCGUGAAAUGCGCGAAGCGAGCACGCUCGGUGUCUCGCAGUUGCCGCAUGAAAAUAGUCCCCAAGGCGGAGGUUUAUUACCUGUGGCUACCGGCAACUGGGGAUGCGGGAGUAGAUUGAAAGGCGAUCCACAACUGAAACUUGUUAUUCAAUGGCUCGCUUCCUCCCUGGCAGGCACACCAAGAUUAAUCUAUUACACCUCUGGCAAUCCUAGUCUAUCUAAGUUAGACACUGUGAGCAGAGUUCUGAUAGACAGACGUUGGUCGGUGGGUGAUCUUGCCGCCGCGACGCUGAGAUAUGCCAUGCACGCGAUCGAGGAACGGAUGGAAGGAAAGAAUAGUCUUUUCGAGGAGAUCAUCGGUAUGGAUAAAUCGAGUCCUUAGCCCGAUUCGAUGCUGUCCGUUCUGGUGGACGUGCUGGCUACUAUGAUCGAAGACAGCCUACUGAAAAACUAAUAAUAUAUUACUAUAUACUCUUCCGAGAGAGGGACAUACAAAAGGAAAAGAAAUGAACGGGUACUUGACUGUAGUUAGAUACAAGAUCGAUAAUUAACUCUAAUUCGUAAUCUUAGAUGAAACAUGUUAUACGAGUUUCAUUUUGGCGAAAGAGAGAUCGAUUCGGUUUUACUUUUUUCUUUUUUGUUCGAAUUACUACUCUCGUCUAGCAUAUCAAAAUGAUAUCAGGCAAACUCGCACAAUUCGUUGUACAAGGCAAUAUAUCAAAUAGGAAAAAAUAGUCGCUGCGAUAUUUUCUAUAGUCUAUGUAUGUAGCGUAUCGUGCUGUCAAAUCAAGUUAUAUUAUAUAGGGAUCAUCUGUGUCACAUUUCCGCAAGGUAAUGGAGAAAAAAUAGCGUGAUAUCUCGGAAAUUUAAUUGUCAUUAAUAUCACGUCAUCGUAAGAGAGCGUGGCAAACUCUCUGCAAUUAGAAAUCCUAUAAUAAGAGUUUGGCCAAAGCGGAUAAAAAAUAGGAGAUAGAUUAGCUAUCUGUCUUUCUUUCCUUCUUUUUCUCACUUUCUCUCACUUUCCAAAAAUGUACGAAGCUAUUCGAAAUACUGUACACCGAAUGGAUCAUAAGUGAUGAUCAAUCAAAAGACUGAUUCAUUUUGGCCAGACUUUUAUUAUAGGGUCUCUCUAUCUGCAAUCAUAACGGUCUAGUCAUGUACGAAAGGUCAAUUCUGGUUUUACUUCGUACAGAAUGAGUAACUGAUAACACAGUUACAUGCAAUAACUAAUGAGGCACAAUAUACUAUAUUUUGUACAAUAAUAUUUUUAAGUCGUUCUAUAUUUUAAGUCGGAGAUAUAUAUGCGUAAUAUGCGAAUAGAUUUUUAGAGAGAGAAACUUUUAGUAUUUUAUAAUAAAAGAUUAUAAUAUAUAGGCAAUUUUUUUAUGAAGGUAAAACUUGUGUGUAUACAUAAGUCGCUACUAUGAAAUUAUUGGGAUAUAAAGAGUGGAUAAUAUGGCCUAUAAAGGAAAAGGUAUGCUUGGUAGUAUGUAAAUCAAUUAAAAUGAGGUCUUCCAUUAUUAAAGCAAAAACGUGUGAAAGUAUCCUAUGAUUUGUAUAUAUUCUCGCUGUACUUCUCAUUCUAAGCAAUGAUAGGAGUGUUUCAAAAACAUAUAUAUAUACACAUACAUACACAUAUAUAUAUAUUUAUAUAUGAAGUAAAUUAAUAAAGAACUAUGCCCAGUUUUUCUUACGGAAAUUGAGACUCGGGUGAACAGCAUUGAGACAGAGCUAAAAUUAUAUCGCAUCAAAAAAGAAUCAAAAAGUUCUACAUGCACAACCUUGUAAAUAACUCCCUUGACUGCUAGAGCUGUCCAAAGUUCGCUAUUAUAAAUAUGUAUUGUUUAUGUAUCACUGGUCUUAUCUUUUCUCUGCGUUAGGGCAUCUCUUCGCGAUGAUGGCGAUAAUCUUCACUAAGAUUUGUCGUUGAAGUUAUCAAUGGCAUCUUAAAACUUGCUUCGGAUAAUUUAAUUCCGUAUGAUAUAUCCAAUUCCCCAUUUAAUGACUGAUUUUCAAAAUAUCGUUGCUAUUCACUACAUGUUCUGCCAUCAUAUCAGAUGCUGAGCAUUCAGAAAAGACCGCACAACUUAUGUUGUCAACUGUACAAAUCAAAUAUGUUAUUUUGGUUAGUCCAAGAAUAAAAUCUGAUCCAUAAAUUGCCGUAUUUGUUUUGUUGGAUGUAUAUAAAUUAGAAGGAUUUUCAGUACUGACAAAGGAUGGUUUAGCAUGUGACUAUUAUCGAGCAAUAUUUUAUACAGAUAAGUCGUCAUUUGAAGUAACAAAUUUUGUUAAUUAUGGCAUAGUCAUACAUAACGCUAUUCUCGUCAAAGCCCGAAUACAAGCUAAGCACAUAAAUCAUACUCAUUACUGUACAUACGGCAGAACGUGACGAUGAAGGAGCUCGAGCCAGUGUAGAAUAUUGGUCUUGCAAAAAUGGAUGUCAUACAGUUGUGUGUUGCGUGUAUGUGAUGACAGUCAUGAUAUCUGGGAUAUGCUCAAUACUUUGAUGAAGACAUCCAUGUGUCAGCAAGAGCAUUAACAAUGUUUUUUUUUUAGUUUUAGAGAGCUUUGAUAUAGGAAAGAAGUAAUUGAAGAGGGAUAAGGGUCCAUACGUUAACCAAAGUUCAAUUUGGCAAUUAAAACUUUUUAUUUCGUAUUCUGUGAGUGCCUCCUAUCGAUUAAUAUACCAUUUAUGACUGUUCACUCGGAGCCUAAACUAGGCAUAUUUCUUUGUAUCACAAGAUGUAAUUUUGCAUCUAUUAGAGAUUUAUUAUCCGAGUAUACUUUAAUAUACAUACCUAAUUUGCAAUAUAAAUUUUAUUUCA